UUAUGACAUCAUUACCUCACUGCUGUCAUUGAAGACCUGUCAAACUUCAAUUCAAUAUUUAUUACUCUUUUUUCAAAAUAAUGGCAGAUCCAAAAUACGCAGACCUACCAGGAAUUGCUUACGAUCAACCUGAUACUUAUGAGACAACCGAUUUACCAGAAGCAGAUCAAUCCACAGAUUUUUUUGAGGAAGAAAAUGAUUCAAUUGAAAGAUUACACAUCAGUGCUUCUGAAGCUUAUAACAAGUUUAAAGGAAAAUAUUUAAAUGCAAAACAAGUUGAUUUUUCAGAAAAAUUAAGUCGCCGGACUCGAACAGGAUAUGAUGCCAGGUCAGGUGAUUGGGAGCUUGUUGGUGAGGGAGAACAAGAAACUCCUCUACAAAAAUAUCAACGUUUGAAAUGUGAAAUUCACGAUCUCUUAGAAGAAAUCAACAAACUGAAAGAAUCUGCAAAAGAUGACAGUCAAAUUGAAUCACUUCCCACUGUAAAGCAAGUAGAACAAUCCGAUGCACUUUUGAGAGAACUUCGAUUGGAAGAAACACUCGGAAAAGAAGUGAUUACAAACUUAUCAGAUCCACAAGGAACACAAUUAAAAAAAUUACUUACUUUGUUGGAACAGUUUAAAAAAAGUGGCUCAGAAACAACUCCAGAAUCUACAACUGCCAAGAAAGGUGACGCAAAUUUAAAUGCUGUCACCUACAAACUUGAAUAUCGCCCCGAACAAGCAAAACUAGCACAAUCUAUACGAAUUGGUGAAUUGGAACAUCGUUUACAUAAACUUGAAACAGUUUUGGGAACUGAAUCAGACAAAGUUGGUCGUUUGUCACAAGCAACAAAUCAAGAUACGAUUUUAGAAGCUAUACAAUAUUUAACAGCUAAAAGUAGUGCACUUGACUCCACUCAAUUAGAUCAUAUUGAGGGACGUCUAAUUGCUCUAACCCAAAAAAUGAAUACAAUUGCUAAACAACGGACGGGAACUGCUCAAGAUGCUGAAUUAGAGCAAAUGGCUAAUGAAUUAUUGAAUACGAUUAAAAAAACCAAAGGUAAAUCUACUGCCACCGAGGACCAAGAAAUUCAUCAAAUGGUUGUCGAUUUAUACGAAUUAAUAAAGAAGAUGAACGCAAAUUCAGCUCCUUCAAAUGUAGAAAAACUUGAAAAGGUGAAUGAACUUUAUAAUUUUGUGAAAACAAUUGAACCAAUGGUUGAUUUGCUACCACAAACUGUACAACGGCUGAAUGCUUUAAAUGUAUUCCAUCAGCAAGCCAUCGAGUUCAGUAACUCAUUAUCACAACUGGAAUCAUUACAAAAUCAAAUAUCAUCAGGUGUACAAAACAAUAAAGCUUUACUACAGGGUGUACAAGAAAGUUUUGCAAUUAAUUUAGAUGUGAUUAAUAAAAACAUUACUUCGUUAAAUGAACGUUUAGAUGCUUUAAAAAAGUAA